GCGGCGGCGGCGGCGGCGGGCGGUGGAGCCGGGGCCGGGGGCGGAACGGCGGCCGGAGGCCCAGAGGGCGGCAGCUCGGAGUCCGAAGGCGCCAAGAUUGACGCCAGCAAGAACGAGGAGGACGAAGGCCAUUCAAACUCCUCCCCACGACACACUGAAGCAGCGACGGCACAGCGGGAAGAAUGGAAAAUGUUUAUAGGAGGCCUUAGCUGGGACACUACAAAGAAAGAUCUGAAGGACUACUUUUCCAAAUUUGGUGAAGUUGUAGACUGCACUCUGAAGUUAGAUCCUAUCACAGGGCGAUCAAGGGGUUUUGGCUUUGUGCUAUUUAAAGAGUCGGAGAGUGUAGAUAAGGUCAUGGAUCAGAAAGAACAUAAAUUGAAUGGGAAGGUGAUUGAUCCUAAAAGGGCCAAAGCCAUGAAAACAAAAGAGCCUGUUAAAAAAAUUUUUGUUGGUGGCCUUUCUCCAGAUACACCUGAAGAAAAAAUAAGGGAGUACUUUGGUGGUUUUGGUGAGGUGGAAUCCAUAGAGCUCCCCAUGGACAACAAAACCAAUAAGAGGCGUGGAUUCUGCUUUAUUACCUUUAAGGAAGAAGAACCAGUGAAGAAGAUAAUGGAAAAGAAAUAUCACAAUGUUGGGCUUAGUAAAUGUGAAAUAAAAGUAGCAAUGUCGAAGGAGCAGUACCAGCAACAGCAGCAGUGGGGGUCAAGAGGAGGAUUUGCCGGAAGAGCUCGUGGGAGAGGUGGUGGCCCCAGUCAAAACUGGAACCAGGGAUAUAGUAACUAUUGGAAUCAAGGCUAUGGCAACUAUGGAUAUAACAGCCAAGGUUACGGUGGUUAUGGAGGAUAUGACUACACUGGUUACAACAACUACUAUGGAUAUGGUGAUUAUAGCAACCAGCAGAGUGGUUAUGGAAAAGUAUCCAGGCGAGGUGGUCAUCAAAAUAGCUACAAACCAUACUAAAUUAUUCCAUUUGCAACUUAUCCCCAACAGGUGGUGAAGCAGUAUUUUCCAAUUUGAAGAUUCAUUUGAAGGUGGCUCCUGCCACCUGCUAAUAGCAGUUCAAACUAAAUUUUUUGUAUCAAGUCCCCGAAUGGAAGUAUGACGUUGGGUCCCUCUGAAGUUUAAUUCUGAGUUUUCAUUAAAAGAAAUUUGCUUUCAUUGUUUUAUUUCUUAAUUGCUAUGCUUCAGAAUCAAUUUGUGUUUUAUGCCCUUACCCCAGUAUUGUAGAGCAAGUCUUGUGUUAAAAGCCCAGUGUGACAGUGUCAUGAUGUAGUAGUGUCUUACUGGUUUUUUAAUAAAUCCUUUUGUAUAAAAAUGUAUUGGCUCUUUUAUCAUCAGACUAGGAAGAACUGAGGAAUAUUAAAAAAUUGUCAUGGAUUCAGGUUACUAGAAUAAAUUUGGAAAAGCAGUAAACUUUGUCAAAAUUGACAUGCUAAAAUUGCAGUGAAAUUUUAAAUAGUUUUAGCAAACUUUUUUUGCCAGUUCUCCCUGUCCAAGUUGGAAAUAAUGUUCAUUUAUUUGUUGGUUGUUUUAAUACUACUACUUUCUGUAGACAUUAAGUUUUAUAUGAAUACUUUCCAGAAUGCCCACUUUUUGUCUUUAUGUGUAUGCUUAAUAUGCUUUUUAGAACAAACUUGGAUAAAUGUGCAAGAACUCUUUUGCACAGAUGUUUUAUGCUUCCAUUAAAUAAAAAUAUGGA